ACACGGAAGCUCGGAACAUGUCAGUUCUGUUUCUGUUACUGAAUAAUAUUAUACUGUUAUAAUUACAGAGUUUAAUCAGUAAUAAACACGAGAUCCUGCACCAUGACAUCUAAAGGAGCCAAAGAAACUUUAGUAAAUAAACUCGGCUUUAAAAGCAGCAACUCCAAAUCAGUGGAAUCUGAACUAGAGAAGGUGAGGAAGGAAAAUGUGCAGCUGAAGAAGUCUCUGGAGGAAAUGUCAAAACGGAUAGGAAAACCUCCACCGGUUCGUCCUGAUUCUGAUAAGGCCAAACUCCUGGAGAGAAUUCUGUCGCUGGAGACGCUGCGGGAGAAGAACGCCCAGCAGCUCCUGACGAGCGAGCAGGAGAUCUCCACCCUGAGGCAGCAGCUCCGAGCGAAAGGUGGCGAGGCGGUGGCGUCGCUGCAGAACCAGCUGGAGCAGAAGAGACAUGAGGCCGAGCAGAGAGAGAAACUCUUCCAGAACCUCUCGUGGGAGAGCGAGGACCUGAAAAACAAGCUGGUUACCAUCACCGAGAGGUGUCAGGCACUGGAGAAACAGAACAGCACACAGGUUCCUGAUGGUGAGAUGGCAGCCGUCCAGGAGCAACUGCGUGAUGCUCUGGAGAAGAACCAGCGCUGGCUUGUUUAUGACGGGCAGAGAGAGGCCUACGUUCAGGGGCUGCUGGCAAGAACCGCCGAGCUCGAGCAGCAGCUAAACCAAACCCAGCAAGCACUGCAACAAGCGCACAAAGAAACCCAUUCAGAACAGGUGUGCUUGUCCCCCCCGAUCUCUGAACGUGUCCCUGCGUCCUGUACACCAGACCAGUCCUCCACCGGCACACAGCGGGAGCAGCAGGAGCAGCUCCAGGCGGCUCAGAGGAAGCUGGAGGAGGAGCAGAGGAGGUCACGUGGCCUCCAGGACGAGCUGGAUGAGCGUGUAAGGGAGGCGGUGAGAGCGCAGGAGGAGGCGCAGGAGGAGCGCAGGGUCGCCCGGGACGCUCUGGUUCAGGAGAGGAGGAUGAACGCGGAGCGAGCAGCUCGACUGCAGAGCGAGCUGGAGGCGGCCGACGCCCGUCUGGAGGAGGAGAGGAAGAGAGCGGCCGAGUUACUGCUGCAGGUGAACCUGCUGCAGAAAUCCUUACUGAGGCAGCACGAGGAUCAGAGCAGGAUCAGCGUUUUGGAGCAGCAGGUUCAGCUCUCGGUUAAAGACUCUGAGGACGAGCGGCUGGAGCGGCAGGGUCUGCAGCAGCAGCUCCACAAGGUGCUGAAGGAGCUACGCAAGGCUCGGGAUCAGAUCACGCGGCUGGAGGCGGCGAAGCAGCCCAGAGAGAGUCGCUUCUCUGAGCCGAGCUCGUAUAACAGGCUGGAUCUGGAUCAGAUGAGCAUCCGUGAGCACAUCCUGAACCACACAUCGUCACCGGUGAGGGGCUCCGGCACCCUGGACGAGAGUCUGCUGGAGUGUCCCAACUGCAGGACCUCGUACCCGACCAGCCAGCACAGAGAGCUCCUCGCUCACCUGGACUACUGCUUUAACUAGCUCCGCCCCGACACGGGAGGGGCCCCUGGGGGCCACAGGGAGGGGAGGGUCUCCGCAUAUUGAGUCAGAAUUAGAAUCUUAUUUUUAUAGUUUUAUUUUGAAUAGAAUUUUCAGUAUUUGUUGAUUAUUUUUAUUAUUAUUAUUGGUGAAAUUUCUGGUGUGUUGGAUUUGUUUUUAUUUUAUAAUAUUUUUAAAGGUUUUAUCGGCGUUUCAUUGAUGUGCAUAUUUAAAAAAAAAAAAAAAAAAGAUUUUUAAUUUAUGCUGGUUGUAGCAGGUUUAUUCUCUCGGGGUGGCAUUUUGAUUUAUACUCAUUUAUACUCAUUUAUACUCAUUUAUACUCAUUUAUACUCUACACACUCCGACAAUAAACCCCGAUCAUGUUUA